AAUAAUAUCAAUGCCUCAUUAUCCAGAAGAAAUCGAAUAUUCUGAUAAGUACUUCGAUGACUACUAUGAAUACAGACAUGUUAUUCUUCCUAAACAUAUUUUCAAAAAAAUUACAAAAGGUACAAUUUGAAUUUGAAUAUGGUAGGUAAAUUAUUAAAUGAAAUGGAAUGGAGAGCCUUAGGAGUUUAGUAAUCUAGAGGAUGGUCUCACUAUGAAACUCAUAGACCAGAACCUCAUAUUCUUCUCUUUAGAAGAGCAAAAAAUACGGAUCCAAAUACUGGAUUGCCUCCUCCAGGAUUUAGUGCUCCUUAUUGAAAAUAAAUUAGUUAAAUCAUCA